AUUGUGCCGUUUCGUUUGUUUAUUAUGAUCAUUGUGGAUGUUUGAGUUAGGUUAUAAAGUGAGAUUUUGGUUUAGAUGUGAUUGUAAUAGUUUAACAUAGAUUUGUUUUUACAAUAAGUGUAUUUAACACUUACAGCGUAAGAGUACAAUUUUGUGUAAUACAUGGUGGAGCUGUGUACUUAAAUAAGUACAUCAGUAAGCAAAAUGAGUGAACAGAGGCAGGCUUUGUUAUAAAAAUGACAAAAAGUUUAUUUAUCAUAAGCAGUGAUAUUAUAAAUCAGAAAUGAUUUCCCAGUUUGUUAAGGAUGCUCCAACAGCUUGGAGACUUUUAAAUGGUAUUGUGUGUUUGUACAAGCCAAGUGGCAUUUCUGAAGGAGCUGUGAAGUAUUCACUUCUUACAAAACUAUGUAAUGAUUUGAAUGAAAUGGAAGUGAGGGCACCAGUGGACUAUGUAUCAAUUGAAGGUGACACCACUAAGGAGAUGCGUGUAACCGUGGGUCCAAGUUACGCCGACCAUCCUCUUGUUGUUGGACCUCGUUAUCAAGAGAAGGACUUCCAAGGUCGCUGGCCUCUGCCCCUUGGUCUUCACACAUCUGGAGUUUUUUUGCUUGGUCUGAACAAAGGGGUUAGAACAGUGACAGCCAUGGACUAUGCACACCACGUGCGCACGUUCCACGUCAGCGGGCAGCUGGGCCGAGCGACAGACACGUAUUACACAGAUGGCCGAGUCACUGAGAGGUCCAAAUUCCGUCAUGUCACACGUCAGUUGAUUGACAAACACCUUGCUACCAUCCAGUCAGCCCAUCAGAAGUCCAUGUUUGAACUCUCAGGGGUAGACAUCCAGUCCCAAGAUGCUUAUGAACUGGCUGUGCAAGGUCUGAUCCGACCAGCAGACCCUAAUGUUCCGAUGAUCUACAGUAUUAAGUGUAUCGAAUUCAAACCUCCUGACUUUAUCUUGGAAAUCCACUCAACAAAUGAGCAUGAGAUUUACCUCAAAUCAUUGAUUAAUGAGAUCGGUAUCAAGAUGCACACAAACGCUGUGUGUACAGGGCUGCGUUGUGUGCGUCAUGCGUUCUUCACCAUACAUAACGCUCUCCUGCGCAAACACUGGACAUUGCAGCAUGUCAUCACUAAUAUACAGGACAACAAGCGCAUCCUACAGGAUAACCCUGACUUUUACUCCAGUAUCCUCUCUCAGGCCAGGCUCCAGAACCCAUCACAGAAGCCACCAUUAUUAGCUUAGAUUUGUGAUUUAAUGUGUAUUAUAUGUAAUGUAAAUAAAUGUAAAUAUUCAGUGUCA